AUGCUCGCAUCAUAUACAAGAACUCCUGCUAUGAGGAUGGCUUCAGUUUUGUCUUCUUGUCGGGCUAUUCCCCUGAUUGGAGCGGUUCGAUUUAUAAGCAAACCAAAUGGCAAAGGUACUGAUGGAUUGGAAUUAUCAAAUCAAUUAAAAUCACUUCCAAAGAAGCAAAGCAAAGAAGAACCAACAGCAACAACGACUCCUAAAGAAGAAGAAGUAGAGAUAGAAGUAGUCAAUGUUCAAGGAAGAAAUAAACGCAAACCAUUACGUGCGUCAACAACAACAACAACAGCAACAUCAAAAGAUAAAUCAAAUAAGAAGAAUUUCAUCCCAUUCAGUCAAUUCCCACAAAUGCCAGAUGAUAUCAGAAAUGAAAGUGAAGAAUCAUUAUUUAAAAGAUUUGGUAUCCAAGUCCCAUUUACAUCAUCAUCAAUAAUUUCAACUCCUAAACCAGAUAAAUUUAUUGAUUUUGAAAUUCCUCAAGAACACUUAAAACCCAAACCCGUGAAUGUAAUAAGUCAAAAAGAUAAACGUAUGGUUGAAGAAAUAGAUAAAAUGGUGAAUUUAAACCUACCAGAGACUGAUACUCAAUUAUUAAGCAUGAGAUACACAAUGGCAUCUAUUGGUGAAGAUGGGAUGAUGACGCCGACCCAUCCAUUAAAGAAAUCCAUAUCAGGAAUGAUGCCAUUGAAUCGUGAUUUAGAUAAAAUUAAGGAUGAUUAUUUAUGGAAUGUUAUACCAAAAAAUAAAUUGUUUGGAGUUCCUCCAUAUGAACAAGAACCAUUUACAUUUAAGAAAUGGGAACAAGAAAUGUUGGCCAAACAACAAGAAUCUCAAAAGAAAUUGGAAGCUUUAGAUCAAGAAAUUAAAGAAUUUGAAAAGCAAUUGGGACCAAAUAAAUCAUUCUAUAGGAAUGUUGGUAGUAGAAGAAGAUUUGAUCGUAAAUUAUAUAAAGAUUAUAAGAUGUUGACUGACAAGAGAGAUCGAAUGGUUUAUGAAUAUGAACAAGAACAAAAGAAGAAGAAACAAAAACAACAACAAGGUCUUCUCGAUGAAGAUGAAGAGGUUGAAUUUGAAAUCAUAUAUGAAUAA